AUGAUUCUGCGCACUCUUUACCGGCUUCCAUACCGAUCUUGUGUCGUCAAUUCAGCAUUCCGAUCACCUAGAAGCAAGAUUGCACAAACGUUGCGGCGCCGCAGCACCACACGCACUAGUGCCAUGUCAACCGCCGCCGCUGCUCCUCCUCCGAAGCCGGAGCUGACCGAGCUGUUCUCAGACAUCGAGACGAGAUUCAAAACCACGCAGCUCGGCGACGAGAAAUGGUACAUUCUCGCCUUGUCCUGCAUCGCCACCGGGCCGGAGCCCGAGUUUGCCGCCCACCUCUACCAGCACCUCAUCGCCAAGCCCGAGUUCCAGAGCAGUGAGUCCCGCCAGCACCUGGUGCGUCGUCUGCGCGAGGCGCUCUUCAAGUCCAUCUGCGUCAUCGGAGUCUGCAAGCCCAUCGAGUCCAUCCUGUCCAUUGCGGCGAUUGAGCGGCCAGAGGAUCGCGAUCUGUCGCAGACGCGCGAAGGCUGGCAGCCUGACGAGGAGAACGAGCACAAGGCCCGCGAGUGGUUCCUCAAGGUCUAUACGCGCAACGCCUCGGACACCAUUGGUCUCUUUGACGCCCACAAGGACUUUGCUUGGACGUCGCUCACAAUCACCUACGGCCUUUUCUUGUCAGAUAGACAGGUCUUGGACGAUGUGGACACACAGCUGGUGGUGCUACCCUGCAUCAUGACCCAGAACUUGAAGCUGGAGACGAACUGGCACAUUCGCGGCACGCGCCGCAUCGGUGUCUCGAAAGAAGACACGCAGGUGGUGUGGGACUCGGUUCAGGCAUUUGCUAGAUUUUUUGAGCUCAAGCUGAACAAGGUGCCUACGGUGGACGAGGUAGAACCAGAAGUGUAG